UCAAGAAAUAGCGAUAUAGGCUAGUUAAUUUGAUUAUAUUGUAAAUAUAUAUAUUUUUUUUUUCGGUGGAGUGUUUAUCUGUAUGAUUAGGGAACAUGCUUUGUAUAUGUCAAAGCAAUACCGUAGAUCUCUCAGAAACCAUGCCCUGGCUUUUCUCCUGCAGCCAGGAGGGAGAGUAAUCUCAUCUUGACGAGAGACGUAAGCAAAAUGCGGUGGAAAAAGGAGAUGCAAGAGUGGUGAUAGAUGCAGGUGUGAUGUGAGGAUCAGUAGCCGAGAGAGGAGGGAGAUUGGGAGGGGAAAGAAAACAAAAGGGUGAGGUAUCAUCCGUCAUCAGAUCAUGAACGCCGCCGCCCUAAAGACCAAAUCCGCCCAAUAAAACAAAUAAUAAAAAGGAAUAAUGCUAGAGACGCCUUUUGUUUUUGACUAUGCCGAAAGAGAUAAAAACAAAGGAAGGGUAUAAUAUGCAUGCAGUUUAGUAGAGUAGACAAGAGGAAAGGAGAGCAGUAGAUGAGUGGCUAAUGCUUUUAGAAAGCGGCAAUCAUCGUCUGGGCUGUCCUGGCCGGGUUCCUGGGCGGCAGGAAGAAGCCCUGCUCGACAAAGGAGGACUGUUCUUCGGGAGACAGUCUGGGGCUGCCGGGUUGGUCUGCAUGCAUGUCCUUGCCAACAGCCUUUUCUGGAGCCGUAGCGGCAGUAACAGCAGCAGCAGCAGCAGCAGCAGCAGCAGCCGCGGCAGAGAAGGAGUCGAAGGUGGUACUUGGAGGAGAAGGGGGCAUGUCGUCUUCGGACUCCUCGUCGGAGUCGUGCAGAAGCUCUGGCGGCUGGUGUUGCCGGGACGACGUGCGAGUGAGAGUGAGCUCGUCUCCGUCGUCGUAGUCGUAGUCGCCGUAAUCAUCGUACUCUUCUUCUUCGUCGUUCUCCUCGUCGUCGCCGUUGUUGUCCAGGCCGAGGUCAAAGUCCCUGUGGGUGGCGGGAGAGAACUUGAUCGGGUAUAGCUCGGCGGCCGCAGCGGCAGGACUGCUUUGUUGAUGCCGCUUGCUGGCGAUGUCGACCAAAAAGUCACCGUCGGUCUCAUAGUCUGAGGAGUCGUCUGAGUCGCUGUCGCUGUCGCUGACGGCGUCCCACUCCCCGUUGUCGUUGUCGUUGUCGCUGUCGUCGUUGUCCUCUGGCUCGUCGUGUCUGACAACGGUGUCCAACCAUUGGAUGCGCUUGCCCGAGACCGGCGCUGGUGCAGCAGCCGUUGUUGUUGUUGUUGUUGUUGUUGUUGUUGUUGAUGUUGUUGAUGUAGAAGUAGAUCUGGACUUGAUGGCCUGGUUGUACCAUGCCUCGCGCUCCCGCUCGGCCUCGGCCAGAUCGAGCAUGAGGUUGUCGAGCAUGUUGGCGUGUCCGACAAGCAGGCGGAGGUGGUGGUCGGCCCUGGCAGCUUCGCGGGUGAGCUUUGCCCUGGCCGUGUGGGCGAGCACGUAGGUCUCGCUGAGCGACAUGUCUCUCUUCUUCAGAAGCAUUGCGGUGACUCUGGGUGUAUUCGAGUGUGUGUUGGUGAUGGUAGGAGCACACGCAGAGGGGGGAGAGGGAGCGGGAGGGAGUCUUUUUAUAUGUAGUUUAUUAUUGUUAUUAUAUUUUGUUUUAUGGCUAUCUCCUUUCUCCGUUCGACGUGAGUCAGGCAGCGAGUUUUCUUGCAAAACCAAGAAAGACGAAGAAAACUCAAAAAGCGGAUGACUGGACUGGUCAGAUAAGUCCGAGGCUAGUGAGCGAUCGCAGAGGCGCGCGAGAAGGGCGGUGGGGAGGAGGGAUCCUUGGUCGGUUCCUGCUGGCAAAGUCAAUCUGUUAUUGCAGAGUAAUCAGGGUGAUAGUGGUGGUAGCUGAGUCGAGCUGAGUCGAGCUAAGUCGAGCUGAGUCGAUAUGAGAGUAGUUCUACCCUGUCGAGAGUCUACAGCAGCAAAGAAGACAGAUAUAAGUAGCCGGCGAGUGACUGAGGCCGAGUUCCUCCGGCGCAGCGACGACAACAGUUUGUCCGUCCGUCUUAUCCGCCCCAGCCAGCAACCAGGCAACAACA